AUGACUAGAAUAUCGCCGCAAGUCGUCGACGGUCUCAAGGCUAGGAUCGACUCGGUCACCAGCAAGCCAGAUGGCGUGCCGGGCCUGGUCAUCGCCGUCGUCGACCGAAACGGCGAUAUCGUCUUCGAGCACGCUUCCGGCAAGCGAGGCAUGGGCACCAACGAGCCCAUGACGACGGACACGGUCUUCUGGAUCGCGUCCUGCACAAAGAUGAUCGUCGCCAUUGCCGCCAUGCAGCUGGUCGAGCAGGGGAAGCUGGCCCUGGAUGAUGUCGCUCUGGUCGAGAGGCUGGCGCCGGAGCUUCGAGACGUGAAGGUUUUGCAGGAGCGUCCUGAUGGGCGGUUGGAGCUCGUCGAGAAGAAACAGGGCAUUACCCUCAGGAUGCUUCUUUCUCAUACUGCCGGCUUUGGCUACUCCUUCUUCAACGCGGCGCUCAAGAAAUGGUCAGAACCAGCCGGUAUCGACGAGCUUUCGGGAUCCAUGUCAGACAUCCUGUUCACGCCUCUCGUGAACCAGCCAGGCUCGCGAUGGGAAUACGGGACCAACAUCGACUGGGCCGGCGAGCUCGUGAUGCGAGCCUCGGGUCUCAAACUGGACGACUACUUCAAGAAACACAUCUUCGAGCCGCUGGGGAUCCGAGACCUGACUUUCUUCCCCUCGGACGACAUGAAGAGGCGCCUGGUAUACAUGCACCAGCGAACGGCCGAUGGGAAGGUCACCCUUCGCGAGGAAGGCCAUCCGCUGAAGCGUGCUCUAGACCCGAUAGGGAAGAAACAUGUCUAUCAGUCUGGAGGUGCUGGAUGUUUUGCCGUCCCUUCGGAGUAUUGCAAACUGACGAACCGUCCACCUACAGAGAUAAUCGCAGCCCUUUUGAACAAUGGGAAAUCCCCCAAGACUGGGGCUGAGAUCCUCAAGCCGGAGAGUGUUAAACAGCUCUUCGAAAACCAGAUCCCUCAAUUCCCCAACUUCGGCCGCCAGGGCAUCUAUUCAACGAAGCCGCAGUACUCGAAGCCGUCGUCAGACCUAUACCCACAACCCCUGGACCAAGCUCAGGGCUGGACGCUGGCCGGAUUCCAGCACCUCCACCCCACCACCACCGGACGAGCGGCGGGCACGAUCUGGUGGAGCGGGAUCGCGAAUCUGCUCUGGUGGGCUGAUAAGGAGCGAGGGCUGGGCGGGUUCGUCGCCUCGCAGAUUCUUCCGUAUGGAGAACCGGACGUCCAGAACACAAUGGCCGAAGUCGAAAAGACGUUGUACUCUGCCUUGUCGAAGACGAGUAUGCUGCAUGCUUGCUUUUUAGGUACGCCAGUCUUUACAGCCUCUUUCCUAGUCUAG